GAGCUCCGACCCUUCCAACGCACGCGGUCGCGGCCGUGCGGUUUCGGUGAAUUAAAACACAUUCGGAAAUGUAUCGGCGAUAAACAAUCGGAUUAAACGCUCUACGGAAGAAAUUGGACCGUUAUCUGAUAAUUCUUAGCUAUUUAAUACUUUUUUAACCGGCGGCGGUUUUUCACAAUAAUCACGGACAUUGAUCGUAAGGAAAGCUCGCGUGUGGAUUAAUUAUGUUCGAGAUUUUCGUUUGAUUCCGCGAAAGAGCGAUCGCGAUCGACGACCGAUUGAUGUUUCCUCCCGGUAUGUGAGACACGCGAGUGGAAAAGAAAAAGGAGUGAGAUGAUAUAUCAUUAUGCCAGCAAGGAUCAUCGUGAUCCUGUGAGUACUUUGCGAGGAGCCACGAAUGGAGAGUGAUCGUUCGCAUCGAAUGGCGAAAGUGGGAAGAUCGUUGUCAGAUGCGGAGCGGCGCCGAAAUUAGAUUAAGAAAUGAGUGCGAAAUGAAAAAUGGCCCCGUUCCAUGGCGUGGCACUUCUGCUCCUGGGAAUCGGAUACCUGUUACACGCGGAACCGUUUUACGGCGAACGCGGCAUCGCAUUCUUGCAUCUCAACGACGACACAUUCGGAAAAGAAGAGAAAUCGCAGCGAAGCACAAAGAAGACAUAUUUUUCCAAAGACACGCCGCAAAAAUUAACAGUAGCCAUAGGACACGCCGCUGUGUUAUUAUGUCGUAUUAAAAAUUUAGGAAACAGAACUGUGUCUUGGAUCCGAAAAAGAGACUUACACAUCUUAACAUCUAUGUUGGUGACUUAUACAAGCGACGCAAGAUUUACGAUAGUCGGCAAUCCGGAGACUGACGACUGGAAUCUGCGAAUAGAUUACGUGCAACCGCGGGACGCCGGCAUUUACGAGUGUCAAGUUAAUACAGAACCGAAGAUAUAUAGAGCUGUGACUUUGAAGGUUUUGGAUAUACAGGCAAGGAUCACGGGUCCCCAGGAGCUAUACAUCAGAAAAGGCAGCACAAUCAGCUUAACGUGCAUCAUCGAGCUACAGGAUCUGCCGCCAAGUAACGUAACCUGGUAUCAUGCCGGUGCAGUGAUUGAUUUCGACGGUCCAAGGGGUGGCGUAUCGCUGGAGACGGAAAAGGGUAAGCGAGGCACCACCAGCAAGCUCCUAAUAACGCGUGCUCAACUUAACGAUAGCGGUAAUUAUACAUGUGCUUCGAGCAAAGUCACCCCAGCGAGCGUCAUGGUGCACGUACUAAACGGCGAACAUCCUGCCGCGAUGCAACAUGGUGGCACUGGCGAUGUAAAUAGGAGACUCGUUCUGCUCGUCCUGAUUGUGCUCAUUGAUACGAUGUUUCGAUGAACGACGUGCUGCCAAUGCCUAUUUCCUGUGAACAUCCUGCUUCUGAAAUCAUUCCUGAGGUUUGGGUGUUCUGACAGCUGAGGGUGCUCCGAAGUGUAACGGAAAAUUAUUGACGAAGCUUUGUGUAUAGAGUAUAUAAUUUGUCGUAAGAGCGAAUUUUCUAUGAAAAUUGCUCCGCGAAUCGAGAUGUUAAUCAGCUAAUUUAGUUAAUUAAUAUUUAUUCGAUUCACAGUAUUUCUAUCGAAUCUUCGAUUCGCGCAAAUUGAGAAAUCUAAUUCUAAUCGAUUCAAUGAGUGUGAUUCUCACACAUUACGACUCUCCUUGGUCUCCUCGCUCAAAUGUCUUUGAGAUAUGUCAGUACGGAUAUAAUGUAUAUGUAAUAUAAUAAAUCUUUUUGGAGUUAC